AACUGUUUCUCCAAGCUGGAUAAGCCUCAAUUAUUUUUGCUACCUCCGUUUUGGAUAUUAAAUGUAUCGGAACAUCAGCUGUCCAGAACAUCCUAGCCAAGAAUGUAUUGGUCUGUGGGAUCUGGUGGUGACGAAGGCAAGAGCGACAUGGAGGUGCAAGAUGGUCCUGUGGACAUGGGUGGCAGACAGUCCACAGCCAGCGAUCUCUCCAUCGGCCAGUCUCCCGUGACGGAAACCAUUCAAGGCGCUUACAAAAGUGGAGAAUUCACCAAAGCCCAAGAGCUGAUUAAAACAGCGUGUCAGGAGAACCUCUUACAAGUGGAAAAGUGCCAUCUCUUGAGCAUUUCAGCUGCCUAUGGAGACCUGCAGGCAGUGAGGUAUUUGCUGAAAGAAGUCUGUGUAACCUUGCCCACAGAACCAAAUGAUGACAACCCAGCAGUGGUGGCAGCGUAUUUCGGGCACCAAGAUGUCGUGAAAGAACUGCUUGAUUCUGUUCUCGUCGGACCGCUCAACUUCCUGCAGCUUCUGAACUGGAUGCUGGCCAUUGCUUGCAAGCAGGGUCACUUGGAGGUUGUCAGGCUUUUAGUGUGCACAUACAGUGCUGACCCAGACAGCUGUGCAGUGCGGAAGAACGAGUUUCCAGCCCUUAUCAAAUUGCCGCUCUACGCAGCAAUCAAAGAAGGUCAUGAGGACAUAGCUGCCUUUUUGCUUCAGAAUGGGGCUUUCUUUUGUUCCUACAUCCUGAUGGACUGCCCUGGUGAGAGCAAACACCUUCUGCGCAAAUACUUCAUUGAAACAACCACGUCGAGUAGGAGCACUCCAGCAAAACCAGAUCUGUUUGUGAACUGGUCGAACCUCCGUCUUCCUUGGGUGGAUCUGGAUUGGCUAAUAGAUAUUUCCCCUCAAAUAACUGAGCUUGACCUCUCAGCCAACUGCUUGGCCUCUGUCCCAUCUGUAAUUCCUUGGGGGCUGAUAAAUGUCCAGAAGCUUAAUCUUGCUGAUAACCGAUUGAAUGAGAUCUCCGAUGUACAGUCCUCAGACAGCAUUCUUUGCUCGAAGUUACUUGAGAUCGAUGUGUCUGCCAACAGGUUCCGAAGCCUUCCUUCUGGAUUCUUGCACCUUUCCAGACUCCAAAGGCUUGUUGCUGCCAAAAAUUAUUUGGAAAGGUUAUUUGAUGAGGAGAACGCUACUAACUGGAUAGGGUUAAGGAAACUGAAUGAACUGGAUGUCUCUGACAACAAGUUGGUGGAGCUGCCUACUCAAUUUCUCCACAGUCUGAAGUCUCUGCACAUCCUGAAUGUGUCCAAGAAUAACUUGAAGGUGUUUCCUCAGCCUUGGGUUUGUCCCUUGAAAUGUUGCAAGGCAGCUAAAAAUGCCUUGGAGUCCCUGCCAGACACUUUGGCUGUCUUCUGGAAAAAUCAUCUCAAGGAAGUAGAUUUUUCUGAAAACGCCCUGAAAGAAGUCCCCCAGUGUCUCUUCCAGCUUGAAGUCUUAGUAUCACUGAAACUUUCAGGAAACCAGUUAUCCGUCUUACCUUCUCAGGAAAAGUGGUCAUGCAGGCUGCUGAAGACUUUGGAUCUCUCCAAGAACCAGCUUGGGAAAGCUGACGAAGGAGCCAAAACCAAGAGGAUUUCAUUUUUCUCGACAAGGAGCAGAGCCCGUACUGGCACUGAGACAGGUUCCACCUUGGAGUUUCCUGAAUACCUGUGUGAGUCUCUAGAAGUACUCUAUCUCAAUGACAACGAGCUAGACACUGUUCCCCAGUCUAUCUGCUUCCUCAAAGGGCUUUCUGAGCUUUACUUAGGCAAUAACCGGGGUAUUCAAGAGCUCCCUCCUGAACUGGGACAACUGUCUAAUCUUUGGCAACUGGAUAUCGAAGAGCUAAAUAUUGCCAACCUUCCUGUCGAGAUCAGAAAAGAAGGGCCCAAGACAAUCCUAGCUUUUUUACGAGCCCAGCUACGCAAAGCAGAGCCAUGCAACCUGCUGAAAAUGAUUGUGGUGGGCCCCCCGCGGCAGGGAAAGUCCGCCCUGAUUGAAAUCCUUCAGACGGGGAGAGCUUCCCAAACAAUGUCCAGCGACAUCACUAUUCGGACCACAAAGUGGGAGCUUCAGAAACCAGCCGGAUUCAAAUCAAAGGUUGAUUCAGUGGAGUUUAACGUCUGGGAUAUCGGCGGUCCCGCCAGCAUGUCAACAGUCAAUCAGUGUUUCUUCACAGAUAAAGCAUUGUAUGUUGUUGUCUGGAACUUGGCACUGGGUGAGGAAGCCAUUGCAAAUCUUCAGUUCUGGCUGCUGAAUAUUGAGGCCAAGGCUCCAAAUUCAGUGGUGUUGGUGGUUGGGACGCAUCUUGACUUAAUCGAAACCAAAUUCCGUGUCGAGAGGAUCGCUACCCUGAGAGCCUACGUCUUGGCUAUCUGCCGGUCUCCUUCUGGCUCGCGAGCCACUGGAUUCCCAGAUAUCACUCUGAAAAAUUUACAUGAGCUUUCAUGUAAGACCCUGGAAGGCCUGGAUGGACUCCGCCAGCUGAUUUACCACAUCACUUGUAACAUGAGGGAUGCUGGCAGUUCUAUCUGCUCACAGAGAGUUGUGGGAAGACUGAUACCAAGGAGUUACCUGCGCUUCCGAGAAUCCAUCAUAGCUGAACAACUGGGAAGGAGCCAAAGUGACAGCGUUCAAUACUUAACGGACAAGGAAAUAGAGAACAUCAUAGAGAGAACUCCAGGAAAUGACGUCAAAGACUAUGAGGAUUUGCAAUCCGCCAUCAACUUCCUGAUAGAAACGGGGACUUUGCUGCACUUCCCAGAUACAAGCCACGGCCUGAGGAACCUCUAUUUCCUUGACCCAGUCUGGUUGUCAGAGUGUCUGCAGCGCAUCUUCAACAUCAAAAGUUCGAAGUCGGUGGCCAAGAAUGGCGUGAUCCGAGCUGAGGACCUGCGGAUGCUGUUGGUUGGGACGGGAUUCACCAAACAGACGGAAGAACAGUAUUUCCAAUUCCUUGCCAAGUUUGAAAUUGCACUCCCGGUAGCCAACAACAGUUAUCUCCUGCCUCAUCUUCUUCCUGCCAAGCCAGCUUUAGACAUCCACAGCUUACGCCAACAGAUGGCAAACACCAUCCAGAGGGUAUUCAAGAUGAGUUUCGUUCCCGUUGGCUUUUGGCAAAGGUUUAUAGCUCGGAUGCUUAUUAGUCUUGCAGAAAUGGAUCUCCAGUUCUUUGAAAACAAGAAGAAUACCAAGAGCAGAAGGAAACGAACCAUUAUCUAUAGCUUCACAGGCAGACAGAGAAAUAGAUGUAGUACAUUCCGAGUGAAGAGAAAUCACACCAUUUAUUGGCAAGAGGGGCUGUUUGUCACUUUUGAUGGAGGCUAUCUGAGCGUGGAGUCUUCUGACGUGAACUGGAAGAAGAAGAAAAGUGGCGGGAUUAAAAUCAUCUGUCAGUCGGACAUGAGGGAUUUUUCAGCAAUGGCUUUCAUCACUGAUCACGUCAACUCUCUGAUAGACCAGUGGUUUCCUGCGCUCACAGCCACAGAAAGUGACGGAACUCUCCUCAUGGAGCAGUAUGUCCCAUGCCCGGUCUGUUCAACCCCUAAAACCCAAGAUGGAAACAACCAGAGAAUGGAAGACAUGCAGUUCUUCAACAUGGAGGAUUGUGUUCUGACUGCCAUAGAGUUUGACAGCAUUACCUGUCCUCAUCACCCAGAGAUCCCUGUCCCUCUAGAGGAACUAGUCCCGGAGCUUUUCAUGACGGAUUUUCCUUUGAGGUUAUUUUUGGAAAACAGCAAACUGGAAUACAGCGAAAGUGAAAACAAUAUUCUUGGCCAAGGAGGAAGUGGAACAGUUAUAUAUCGGGCACAGUACCAAGGGAAACCAGUGGCCGUGAAGCAGUUCCUAAUUAAAAAAUGCUUGAGUUCUGCAGGUUCAGCUACAGACACAAUGCUGAGGCACUUGCGGGCCAUGGAUGCCAUGAAGAACUUCUCUGAGUUCCGCCAGGAAGCCAGCAUGCUCCACUCUUUGCUGCAUCCGUGCGUCGUCUCCUUGAUUGGGAUUAGUAUCCACCCGCUCUGCUUCGCCUUAGAGUUGGCCCCGUUGGGGAGUCUCACCACCGUGUUAUCUGAGAACUCUAAAGGGGCGUCUUUUGUUCCAUUGGGACAUAUGUUAACCCUGAAAGUAGCGUAUCAGAUAGCGGCAGGCUUGGCCUAUCUCCACAAGAAGAAUAUCAUCUUCUGUGACCUGAAGUCGGACAACAUUCUGGUGUGGUCACUGGAUGUGAAGGAAAGUGUCAACAUCAAACUGUCUGACUAUGGGAUUUCACGGCAGUCAUUUCAUGAAGGAGCUCUUGGUGUGGAGGGUACUCCAGGGUACCAAGCCCCAGAGAUACGACCUCGCAUAGUCUAUGAUGAAAAGGUGGAUAUGUUUUCCUAUGGUAUGGUGCUAUAUGAGCUGUUAUCCGGCCAGCGGCCCAUCCUUGGGCAGCAUCAGCUUCAGAUUGCGAAGAAGCUUUCCAAGGGCAUCCGACCAGUCCUCGGUCAGCCAGAAGAGGUGCAGUUCCACCGAAUGCAGGCCCUGAUGGUGGAAUGUUGGGACACUAAACCUGAGCAGCGCCCAUUGGCCGCUUCUGUGGUCGGACGAAUGAAAGACCCCACCUUUGCUACCUUCAUGUACCUGCUGCCGUGCGGGAAGCAGUCAGCCUUUUUCUUUUCACAAGGGCAAGAGUACACAGUGGUGUUUUGGGACGGGAAGGAAGACACCAGGAACUACACGGUUGUGAAUACGGAGAAAGGGCUCAUAGAAGUUGCAAGGAUGAGCUGCCCGGGGAUGAAGAUUUGCUGCCAGCUGAAAGUUCAGAGUUCUCUCUGGACUGCCACAGAGGACCAAAAGAUUUAUGUGUACAGUUUACAAGGCAUGUGUCCACUGAAGGCUCCACAAAAGGGUGUGGACACCCCAGCGGCUGUCACCUGUUUCUUUGCAGUGCCUGUUGUGAAAAAGAAUUCCUACCUUGUGCUGGCUGGUAUGUCCGAUGGGCUCAUAGCAGUUUUCCAAGCAUCGUGUGGCAUCCCCGAAAGCAGCAGCCACUACCUGUGCUCCCGCUCAGCUAACCGCUCCACAUUCAUGAUCAGCGACGACGAUCCCCGCCAGAACCCUUACCCCGUGAAAACAAUGGAAACAGCAAACAGUGGGACCGAAGUCUGGUACAGCAACGGUCCUGGCAUUCUCAUCAUAGACUGCACAACCAUGGCAAUAACUCGGAGACUGGAGCCCUACAGCGCACCGUCCACAGUCGUGUCUAUCGCUUGCAGCUCAGACUGCCAUGGGGAGGAGGUGGCCUGGUGCCUGGAUGAUGAGACCAACUUCCUGGUCAUGUAUUACACCGCCACCUACCAACUGUGUGCACGGUACUUCUGUGGGGACUGCAGCCCUCUGAGGGACAUGUUCACCAUUCAGCAGCCCUCUCCCUUGAUUUCCACUACGACACUAGCGGCAAACAGGACUACAACUCCCGAAAGCAGCUCUCGGGUUGACGUGAGCAUCAUGCACAACCCCGAACUGGGCACUCAGAUAUUAAACCAUCAGGACUCCCUAACGGACUACUGUUCCGUGUCCUCUCACACUCCUUCAUUGACUAACAGGAUGACGAGGUCACCCUCCAGCCUGCCGAGUUCCCCCAUGAGCUUCUCCAGCGCUCCUUUCUCAACAGACUGUGAGGAGCCCGACAAGUUGGAGGAAGUGAGCCAUUCCCCUGAGAGACUGGAAAAUGAGUUGGGACCCAUCGACGAUAGCGCUUGGCAUCUCCGGGCCGUGACGAUCCUUCCCGUGAAAGAUCUCGUAUGGAUUCCCAGGCAAGGCGGAGAUCUCGUUGUGAUCGGCCUGGAGAAGGAAGGCAAUUCUCAGAGGGGAAGAGUGCUAGCUGUACUGAAGGCUGCGGAGCUGGCCCCCUAUGGGGCCCUGGUAGAUGCUGCUGUCCUGGCGAAGGGCACGGUCGCCUGUUGCUUCAAGAAUGACGACAUGGACUUCUGCGUGGCCGUCUGGAGGGGAUGGGGUGCCCAAGAUUUCGACCUUUUCUACAAGUCCUACGAAGAACUGGGCAGGCUCGAGGCCUGCAUGCGAAAGAGAAGGUAGCAGUGGUGGAACGAAAAGGCAGCCCCUCAAGAAGGCCGCGCAGGUGGACAACUGACGCCGUUUCAAUUUUCCAGAAAUAUACGUGCUGGAAGCUUUAAGAGAAGGGCGGGGAGUUGCCUGUUUUUCUCUGUGCUGCUAAAAGACACUUCCCGGAAGGGUUCUUCCUGCACCUUUUCAGUCAUGAGUUUGAAUUCUCUCAUCUAGUCACUGACAUCAGAGAGAAGACCCUUCUUCCUAAUUAUGUGCAUGUCUGAAUCUGACCGACAGCAGCCCUUCAGGGUCAACAUAAUGCAAGUUUUUUAAAAUGGUAAAGCAAUGCUAACCAAGCAAUAAGCAAGCUAGUCUGUUCACAAAUUACAGGGUAUUCAGGCUGGGUCCAGGGUCCCCAGGUUAUGUUGGACUUACUCUAACUUGUGUAGCCCAGUCACACAUGAGUUGCAGGCUCUCCUCAGUUCCCACAUGUGCAGGGCCUAUGGAGAACAGGCUUAAGACUUCUCCCCUGCGCUUUUUCCAAUGUGAAACAGCCACAGAAGUUCACAAGACUUUCCCACAUUGGGAAAAUGGCAUGAGUGGGGCGCUGAAGUCCCUUCCUCCUGCCACUAUGGUUAUGAUCCAAACCAGGCAGUUUGGCAGAAGGCCUCCCACUGGCAAGCUCCAUUGCCUGCUGCCGCUUCAAAUAGGUGGAGGGAGAAAAACAUUUUCAAAACAGCAGCAUUGCUGCUGACAUCACUGGUAAAACAAUAGAGUUUCUGGAGAUUCCUAGAGCUACCCUUUGUCAUUUCCAGGUUUUACCUGGAAGUGGCAUAGAGGCAUCAGCAACAUCACUGGCUUCACACCCACCCCACUCCAUGUCUCUUGCCCUCCAACCCUCUUGCCAGUUGCCAGGUUCAGGCUGGUAACCAUAGGCACUGCACAUGCAGUAGCUGAGAACUCACAAUUCAAAUGUGAUUUUUACCUCUGACACCCCAGACCUCAACCUGUGUAUUCCAUAGCAUGUGAACAGGCCCUUAUAUUAUCAUCCCUGAGAUGGCCUUUCCCGCAUGCACUGACCCCAGUUCCCCAGACUUCAGAAGUAUGUUUAGGGUUGUAGCAGUGGCCCUAGUCUAACAAAAACUACAUACAAAUUGCUUAAGCACCUAACACACACACCCCUCCAAUUGAAAUCAGUGUGAUUUAAACAUUAAUUUUGGGGGGUUGGCACCAAUAUCUUUAUGGGGGAGUGGCGUGGCAAUAUGCCUCCCCCCAAAGAAACCCCCUUUUUCAAACAUUUAGCACUGCCACAAUGGGGAAAAUAAAUCAAAGCAUUAAAAAACCUUUCUGAAUUUUUGAUGAGAUUUUUUUUUAAUGGAGGGGUGGAAUACAUAUUUGUCAGCCUUUACCAUCUUUCUGCUGCAGCUUUGCCUGUUUGUAAAUUUUUAAUUGAGUCAUUUUCCUUGUACUCUGAGCAUGAACGAGAUUCCCAACUCCUCCAUCAGACCAAAGAAGCAAAAGUGGCUCAGUGUCUCUCUACACAAGACAUCUUACACGGGGACACUCAAGUGACUUAACUUUCCGUGUGGUCUUGUAUUCAAGUGUACUCUGUCUCCCUAGCGGUACAUGUGUAUCCACAAUGGGAGAACAAGUGUAAGGUCUUUCACUUGUGCGUCCUUGCAUAAGAUGUCUUGUGUAGAGAGACUCUCGGGAGACCAACCCAGUGAUUUUUUUCCCCCCAUUCAGCAGAGCCUUGAAACCAGAAGGUGAAAAUAUUUUUGGCAGGAGUCUUGUGCCAUGAAGAAGACACGCUGCGUUGUUCCUAGGGAAAGGGAGCAAGGUAACCAGCUGCACUUGAGAUAACUUCUGGGUCUGCCUUUCUGCAUUUAUUUGUAUUUAAACGGUGCCCCAAAUUGGGAGCCACCUUUUCUUAAACUCUGAAAGGGCCGAAUCAUAGAGUUCUUUAGAAAAUGGUGGGUAGGAAAAAGCCAAUCGUGACUACAUCUGGACAUGCAACUACCUGAACAGUAUGCUAUGGAUAGGGGAGCUGAACACAGGAGUGCCAUUUUGGGAGGCAGCUAGAUAGGGCCGUAUUAACCCAUGGCCGGGCCCCUAGGCUUUCAGGUAUUUCGGGCCCCUUCCAACACUUCAAUCUUUCACCCCGCUACAGCUGACAGCCUGACCCUGGUACAUAGGUACUGGACCGCAGUACAUAGCCCUCUAUCCAUUUUGCGGGUCUCCUGAAAAAUUCUAUUCACAAUUUUAAAAAUAUUUUUAUUGCACGAGUAGAACUCUUCAGGAAAGCACAUCUUGGGGAUAUAAUUGUUCACUACUGUAAUAUUUUGAAGUGAAUAAAAGUUUUAUUAUUUAUUUAAAAAUAUGUAAUGUAUGGAUAAUUAUUUUAAUGUAAGAGACAAUUUGUUUCACUUCAAUAAAGAAGCAAUUAUCUUAUUAGAGGGUAUAUAAGAGAAUCCAUUAAUUGUAAUUUAUGUGGGGGUGUACCUCAGCAAAAAAAAAAAAAUUGACGGGCGCCUAGGCUUCGGCCUAGUCAGCCUUAUGAAUAAUAUGGCCCUGCAGCUAGAUGGUUGUUGGAGCUGCCGCCCAAAAUGGCAGCCCUGUCUUUGGCUCCCCUAUCCUCAACAUAUCAUUCAGCAAGUUGUAUGUUCAGACAUCAUCAUAACUGGCUGGUUUCUAUCCCCACUUUUCCACUUUUUUCACUGCCACUGGCAAGGGAGGAGGGAGCACAUUGUAAUGGCCUCCGGGCAUGGGAUGCGAUCAGUAAUAGGCUCCCUUGGUGUUUUCAAGUUCUCUGAAACAUGUAACUCUGUCCUUAAGUGUCUCUGUUAACUGACAAGUCGAGAAACCUGAACUGUAUAUAAGAAAGCUGUUGCUAUUUUUAUGGAAAUCCCUGGAGAGAGUUUAUUUUACCUGCUGGUAAGGCCACUGGUGGCUUUGUAUUAUUUACAAGCAUGUACAGAAGAAUGUUUGACACGUUCAUCAUCAUAAAAUGGCUUCCACAACA